AUGGCGGCAGCAUUACAAAACUUGGUCAACCUUGUCGCGACAUCUGCCACGCAUGUUGCGCUCAAUCCCAUCGUGACUACCGCUCUCUUAUGGAUACUAACAAAGGGCCCUCUGCAACUCCGUCGUCAGCUCACCAAUAGGAUCCCGGCUCUUCGAGAUUCAACACAAUAUGCGCACAUUGUAAAGGCAUUGAAAGUGUGUCUUGCGUUCGGAGCAGCAAGGGUUCUGAAUAAACAGUUGAACCACGUAGCUCUGAAUUCUGGAAGACUCCGAAGUGACAAGGCAAGGUGGAACUGGAGUCGCGAGGUUGCUGUCGUUACUGGAGGGUGCUCUGGAAUCGGGGAGCUCGUGGUGAAGAGAUUGAUUAGCAAGGAUAUACGGGUGGCUAUCCUGGACAUUCGCCAACUACCACCGAGUCUGCAGAGCGGUAAGUCUUUACCUUUGCAGUACCGUGCAUCUCAUAUGCUAACUGUGCUAGUCGCAAACGUCACAUUCUUUGCUUGCGACAUCACAAAUCCAAACGCCGUCUACUCGACUGCAGAAAAAAUCAAAGCGACUCUAGGCGCGCCUACGAUUCUUGUCAACAAUGCAGGCAUUUUCGUGCCCCAUACCAUCUUGAACACCGAUGAUGACCAUCUCCGGAGAAUCUUUGACGUCAAUGUACUCAGCAACUGGUACACCACCAAGGCGUUCCUACCGCACAUGCUCCAGCAUAACAAGGGCCACAUUGUGACAGUUGCGAGUGCGGCGAGCUUCGUCGGCGUCGCCGGUAUGGCCGAUUACACAGCGACCAAGGCAGCGAUUUUAAGCUUCCACGAAUCGCUCAACCAAGAACUCAGGCAUAAUUACAACAGCCCGAAUGUGCUUACGACAUCGAUCCACCCCAAUUGGGCGCGCACGCCUCUCAUUGCAUCCUUCGAGGACGAGCUCAAGAAGCGCGGCGCCUCCAUCAUUGAGCCCACUGCUGUUGCCGAUUCAAUUGUCAAGAACAUCGUGAGCUGCAGUGGUGGACAGGUCAUGUUGCCAAGUGAUAUAAGUAAAAUAACUUACGUCAGGGGGUUGCCGAAUUGGCUACAAGAGAGCCUCAGGAACAGUAUUAGCAAGUUGAUCAAAAAUGGCCUGCAGUAA